AGCUAAAAUCACUGAUUUUCUCGAUGAGGUUUGGUGUGGUUUAUAAAAACUUUGUCGUCAUAGUAACAGUGGUCUUGUGUCCUUAGACUCUCUGUGUGUCCAGAGGUUCGAUCCCAUGCUGGGACUCAUCACACCCAUAAACCCCAUGAUGGCGGGAAUCAGCCUGGUCCCUCCCCCUCCUGUCCCCCCCGACGUCAAGGAGAUAAUUCACUGCACGAGCUGUACACUCUUCCCCCAGAACCCCAAUCUGCCUCCCCCGUCGACUCGUGAGCGCCCCCCCGGCUGCAGGACGGUGUUUGUCGGUGGUUUGCCGGAGAACAGCACGGAGGAAAUCAUCAGAGAAGUGUUUGAGCAGUGUGGAGAAAUCACCGCCAUCCGCAAGAGCAAGAAGAACUUCUGUCACAUCAGAUUCAACAACGAGUUCAUGGUGGACAAGGCCAUUUACCUGUCAGGCUAUCGGAUGCGUAUCGGCUCCAGCACGGACAAGAAGGACUCAGGGAGGAUCCACGUGGACUUCGCUCAGGCCAGAGACGACCUCUACGAGUGGGAGUGUAAACAACGGCUGCUGGCGAGGGAGGAGCGUCACCGCCGCCAGGUCCACGAGGACCAGCAGAGGGCGCCGUCUCCUCCUCCCAUCAUUCACUACUCUGAGCACGAGGCUGCGCUGUUAGCCGACAACCUCAAAGCAGCUCAUUGUUGUCAUCGUCAUGGCGAAGACAGAUGUUGCGUCUGUGAGAUUCAUCAGAAAACACUUCAUCCUCCAUUACCAGAACAUGUCCUGCAGGGUGCGCUCUGUGAGGAAACACCUGCCUCCUUCAUUCCUCUCCUCUGUCUGUAGUCCUUUAAAUACGCUAAUGUACGCUAACUUUAGCAUUAUCAUUUGACAGCAAUGUGAGAGCUUUGUUAAAAAGGCUAGCUUCAAAGCUAAUGUUAUCACACUAGCUCAGUAUGCAAACACUGUUAAAAGAUAUUAACAAUAAUGUAAACAAAUUUACAAAGUUAGCAUAGCAGUGCUAGUUUCCAUGAAAAGAAAGUUGGAUGUUCAGAUUCAUGGUGCAUUCCAGUUUGUGUUCGGAAGUUGAAUACUCGGAAAGAUGGAACCGACCAAAGCAGACACUGGAUUCCAAGAUGGCUGCCAUUCCAAGAUGGCUGCCAUCUUAUAGUACCGUUAAAUGUUUGUAGCUACGCUAUCAGCAAAAUACUGUGUUGUUAUUAAGUGACAUUGUUUACAAUGGCUAAUAAUGGCUAACAGUGGCUAACAGUAGUUAGCCCUAAAUCGAUUGCAUCCAUGUUUUUUUCCGACCUCU